AUGACUACAAGCCGAGAAUAUUACUUCGUUAUUGUUGGACAUAAUGAUCAGUUAAUAUUCGAAAUGGAAUUUCCAGUUGCUGAUGCUAAGAAGCGACCUGAUUCGGAUGUACGUCAUUUAAAUCAAUUCAUCGCUCAUGCUGCUUUAGAUAUUAUUGAUGAACAGAUGCUUACUAAUCCACAGAUGUACCUAAAGAUUGUAGAUAAGUUUAAUGAAUGGUAUGUUUCUGCUUUUGUCACUGCGAGUCGUAUAAGAUUUGUUAUGCUGCAUUGUCAAAAGAAUGAAGAUGGGAUUAAACAGUUUUUCCAGGAAAUUUACGAAAUGUAUAUAAAGCUUUCAAUGAAUCCAUUUUACGAGAUCGAUUCUCCAAUCACAUCAUACAAUUUCGAACAAAAGUCGAUGUUUUAUGGGAAGAAAUAUUUGAACACGGGAUGA